GAAUCCCGCCGCCCGCCGCGGCUCCGAGGGGGAGGAUGCGCCCGGGGCCGGCCCGUCCCACAGCCGCAGCCGCAGCGCACCGGGCCGGCGGCACCGCGCCCGACGAGCCGCACUGAGGGGCGCGGGGCAUGGGCUGCCUGCGCAGGCCGCAGCGGAAGGCGCCGGCGGCGGCGGGGCCAGAUAAAUGGCUCAUUUAAAUUGGGAGCUACUGAAAUACUCUCUGGCUGGCAAAUGCAGUGCCUAGCAGCAGUCAUCAAGGACGAACCAAACAUGAGUGGUGGAGGGGAACAGGUCGACAUUCUUCCGGCCAACUACGUGGUCAAAGAUCGUUGGAAAGUGUUGAAGAAGAUUGGUGGUGGUGGCUUUGGGGAGAUCUAUGAGGCGAUGGAUUUGCUGACCCGUGAGAAUGUGGCCUUGAAGGUUGAAUCAGCCCAGCAGCCCAAGCAAGUUCUCAAGAUGGAAGUGGCUGUCCUGAAAAAGCUGCAAGGGAAGGAUCAUGUUUGCAGAUUUAUUGGCUGUGGAAGAAAUGAAAAAUUCAAUUAUGUGGUCAUGCAGCUUCAGGGCCGAAAUCUUGCAGAUCUCAGAAGGAGUCAGCCUCGAGGGACUUUCACGCUGAGCACAACGCUGCGAUUAGGCAAACAGAUUCUAGAAUCAAUAGAAGCCAUUCACUCUGUGGGAUUCCUGCAUCGUGACAUCAAGCCUUCCAAUUUUGCCAUGGGCCGCUUACCUUCAACGUACAGGAAGUGCUACAUGUUAGACUUUGGUCUGGCCCGUCAGUAUACCAACACCACUGGGGAAGUCCGGCCACCCCGCAACGUUGCUGGUUUUCGAGGAACGGUCCGCUAUGCCUCUGUGAAUGCACACAAAAACAGAGAGAUGGGUAGACACGAUGACCUGUGGUCCCUCUUUUACAUGUUGGUGGAGUUUGCGGUUGGUCAGCUUCCAUGGCGAAAGAUCAAAGAUAAGGAGCAAGUUGGCAUGAUAAAAGAAAAGUAUGAGCACCGAAUGCUGCUAAAACACAUGCCUUCAGAGUUCCACCUUUUUCUGGAUCACAUUGCAAGCCUAGACUACUUCACCAAGCCAGACUAUCAGCUAAUCAUGUCCGUUUUUGAGAACAGCAUGAAAGAAAGAGGCAUCACUGAAAAUGAAGCCUUUGACUGGGAGAAGGCUGGUACAGAUGUUUUGUUGUCCACUAGCACCUCAACUCCACCACAGCAAAAUACCAGGCAAACAGCAGCCAUGUUUGGGGUGGUUAAUGUCACUCCAGUACCUGGGGACUUGCUUCGUGAGAACACUGAGGAUGUCCUACAGGGUGAACAUCUGAGUGAUCAAGAGAAUGCUCCUCCCAUCCUGUCAGGCCGGCCAGUGGAAGGUCUUGGUCAGGCUCCAAACACCGCUUUCAAUGAGGGUGAAGUUUGGGAAGAGACAGAUGUGAAUCGCAACAAACUCAGGAUCAGCAUCAGCAAAACUCAGUGCAUGGUGGAAGAGGAGCAGAGAAACGGUGUCUACCCCAGUUCCCCUGUCCGAGUGCCUCCGGAGUCCCCCACCGCACAAGUACGCUCCCUCAGAUACCGCCGUGUGAACAGCCCGGAGUCAGAACGCCUCUCCACUGCUGAUGGCAAAGGGGAGCCACAUGAAAGAAGAUCUCGAAUGGAUAUACCUGGCUCUCCAUCACGGCUUGUGUGCUCCUCCCAGCCAGCCCAGAUGCUGUCCAUCGAUACUGGCCAGGCUGACCGGCAGGCAAGUGGUAGGAUGGAUGUGUCUGCUUCGGUGGAACACGAAGCCCUCAGCAACGCUUUCCGCUCAGUGCCGCUUGCAGAAGAGGAGGACUUUGAUAGCAAGGAGUGGGUUAUCAUUGAUAAGGAGACAGAACUGAAGGACUUUCACCCAGGUGCUGAGCCAAGCACCUCUGGUACCACGGAUGAGGAGCCUGAGGAACUAAGGCCUAUUGAGGAUGGUGAAGAGAGAAGGCGCUUGGGGGCAGAUGCUGCAGUCAGGCCGAAGACGCAUGAUGGGCGAAGUCGGGGUAUGCAACCUGUGACUGAGGAGGACAGUUCCCACAGACAUGAAGGACCUUCUCAAACAGUAUCUGACAGUAGACAUGAACAGCAGACAGGAAGUCCAGCCCACUCCCCCUUACAUUCAGCACCAGCUCUCCGACAAAGGAGACGAGAAUCUGAACCUACUGGUCCUCAGAGACAGGCAUAUAUGCUGAAGUCGUUUGAAAUGAAUGGCCUGCCCAAGGUGGUCCCUUUAAGUUUGCCUUAUCAAGACUUCAGAAAAGAUAUGUCAGACUACUGGGAAAAGCCUAAGGUAUCCCAGCGGAUAAAGAAAGUUGAUUUUUCAAAUAUUGUCUUGACUGCUCCUUGCAAACCUCUGGAACCUUACCUGGAAAUAAAUGGAAAAGAGGAGGAGGAAGAAGAUGAGGAAGACUACGAGGAGGAGGAGGAGGAGGAAGAUGAAGGGGAGGAGGGAAGCAAUGAGAUUGACAUGCACAGUGGUUCCAGCAGUGACCUGAGUCAGAAAAGCACAGAGCACAGCCAGGAGUGUGCACCAUCCACACUCCUGGCUGAUGACCAGAAGGGAUCGAAGGGUCGAGCAUCCACUGCUGAUGGGGACGUGGAGCUGGAGGAAGGCUCAAAAACACUAGUGCUGUUUUCACCAGGUGAUCUGAAAAAGUCUCCUGUGGCCACAGACUUAGCUCCAGAGGUUGAUCUGGGCACUCUUGCUGCACUGACGCCUCAGAGCGAGCGGCCUCAGCCUAUGGGUAGCCAACUGGAUGUGUCUGAGCCAGGGACCCUGUCCUCAGUCCUUAAAUCUGAACCAAAGCCUCCCGUGGCAGUGGCUACAGCUUCCUCCCCCUUUACCAAAGUUGAGCGCACAUUCGUUCACAUUGCUGAAAAGACCCACCUAAACGUCAUGUCUUCCAGCAGCCAGCUGAUGCGGCACGAGGAGUACUGCCCGCCGGGACAGUUUGAGGAAGUAAUUAUUGAAGAAGAGCUGGAGGACAACCUGGUGCUGGUAGAGAACGGAAGCAUACAUUCGGGGCUGGAAGGGGCAGAGACUGAGAGCUGCGCACUUUCAGCUAAUCCCAUCGAAACCACCUCAGAGACUGUGGGGGAGCAGCUGGCCCUUCCCAAUGGCAUAGCAAAGCCUCCUGAGGACAAGCAGAAGCUCUCCAGCAAAGCGGUGCUCUCACUGGAUUUGGAAGAGCCUGGCAAGGUGGUUACAAGGGAGACUGGCCUUGAGAAGUCAGCAUCAGCGGCAGGACACCUCAAGCGAGAAGAGACCCUCCGUGACACACCACAGCAGGGCCCCAGGAGACUGCUGGGCUCCAGGUAUAGAAGUCGGAUACCCGUUUUGUUCUCCGAGGAGGACACCGGCUCAGAUCUUUCGACUUCACUCUCAGCCAAAGAAAGGCUUUAUAAGAGGGCAAAGCAACCUGACUUGGCCCGCCUGGUGAUGGAGAAGAGACAGAACCGCCUCAUCCGGCUGGCCUCUGGGGCCUCCUCCUCAGCCUCCUCCAGCGACGAGAGGCGGAGAGCCUCAGAAACCCUGUCAGCCACGGGGUCUGAGGAGGACACCCAUGACUCUGAUGAUUCCAUCCCAAGGAAGGGAGGGAAGAAGUCUGCGCUCCUGGGGAAAGAAGAGAGAUCCAUAAGCACAAAGAGCAGAAUUCCUCGUCCCAUCACGCCAGUGAAGACACCACUGGAGGCAGCAAGGUCGGAGAUCUCCGUGGCUGUGGCAAUUGCAGGGCUGUGCAACUCCCCACAGGAUGCAGCCGCUGUCUGCAGGCUUCAGACACAGAGACCAGCUGGAAGCGUCCCAAGCGAGUGCCGAACAACGCAGGUACAAAGCCGGAUUCCUUCUUCACCAAGUUCUACUUCUCUUCCUCCACGGAGCAGCUCACGGAGGUCCAGCGGUGCAUCCCCUCGGAGCCCUGUCCUUCCUUCAAGGAACCCCAGUACUUCCCCCAGAAGCCAGCUGCCAUCCCGGAGGGAAAGUCCUUCUCCCUGCCGACAGCAUAAGCCAGGGACUGCUCCUCAGCGAGUUCCUCCUUCCCCCCGACCUCAGCCCUCAGCUCAGGCUCAGGGGCCAACAGGAGAUUCCCUGCCAUCUCCUGGCACGGCCAAAAAACGACAAAGAGGAAAAACCCAGACUCAGAGUCCAGCAACCAAAGGAAAGCAGGUGUCCCUGGAAAGUAAGGCAGCUGCCAGAUAAUGAUCUUCUUCUGCGAGCCCAACACGCUGGGUAACUUCUGCAUAUAGUAUACACUUGAGAUGCUGCAGCACAGCCUUCCAUGCUGGACCCACGAGUGUAUAGCGGUAGCUGUACUUCAAUGCUUCACUCACACUCUCACCCCACACCGCAAUCAGCUCCCACGGGCCUGACAGCCUCUGAGCCACGGAGCCUUCUUCGAGGGAGACAUCCAGCCCGCAGCUCACGCUUGCUAGUGCACAGCACCAAACAGUGACCCCAGGCAGCCUGCCCAGUGCCUGGCCCUCCUCCCUCCCCAGGGAUUCCCCUCUCUCUGUUAGCAAUACCAGUCUCCAACACCGCCCCCAGCUGUGGAAAGAGGAGCAGAGGAGAUGAGAGCAAGGCCUGCUAAAGAGGAAGGCUCCUGUCCUUCAGGCAGCUCCCUCCUUUCUCCCUGCUGGGAAAACACCAGCCUUGGCUGCUGCCAUCUGCCUGAAUGUUGGCUCACCUCCUGCCACCUCUGUUAGCAGGGGAUUGCCACCAGCUUAGCCAAGAGGGAGGGAUGUGUCCUUGUGUGCUGAGAGAAGCAGCAAGGUGGAGGGGGCUCUUCUUUCCAGAGAUCCCUCUACAGGUGGGCAUUGGGAGACAGGCAGUUCUUGCUGGAUGCUCCUGCCUGCUCCAGUAUGUCCCAUAGGAUGCCGUCUGGCACUGCUGCUCAGCUGACACUGCUGCUGUUUCAGCAGACACCUGUGUGGUGGGCACUCAGGUGCAAGUAGGAGUGUAUUGGCAGUUUGCUGGGAAAUCAAGAGGUCUUGCUAAUUAAUGUAGAAGGGAGCACACUGCAGCCACUUCUGUCUCAAAUACCAAACCGUGAUCUGUGGACACCACAUCUCCCAACAAGGGUGGUCCCUCUGGCCCUGAGUGUGGUUGGUGCCACAGACCUGUAGUGCACCAAACACAGCUCCAAAGUGAGGAUGCGAAUAGUCACUGGAUGCCUUUAGCUUUGGUGCCCCUUGCACCUAAAUUUCUUGUGUUUUAUUGUCACGCUCUUGGUGUUUGUAAAUUUUGGCACCGUAGUUGAAAGUUCCCUUACGUGGCAGGGUGGGAAAUUAUUGUCCUGUAGUAUACCCAAAAGAUGCUGCUUUGCGAGGAGAGGUUUGCUGGCACGCUGUGGAUACCCUGUGCAUUUCUAUCUAAGAGUAUGGUGGGUUGAGUGGCAGAGGUCAGGUUUCUGUCUUUUUCUUGGUGCUCAACUCUGCCACAUGUUGCGUCAGAACUAACAGUGUGAACAUAAAAGCAAGGACUGUGCUCUUCAGUUAGUAUUUUCAGAGCAGAAGCUUAGUGCUCAGCUAGAACUAAAUCAUCCAACUUUUUGACCCCCAGACUAAUUAGGAAGGCCUGAAAAUAAAAGUGAGGAGGACCUGGCCGCAUUCGAAGAGAUCUUGAAGUAGACUAAAUUUUCCCCACACCUCACAGGAUAAAAUAGUCCAAAUCCAAAUACUUUGGGCUUCACACCAUUGUCGUGCCUAAAAGAGGCUUUGCAUGAGGCAGAAGAGAAACACAACUGCUCUGUACACCUGUUCUUGCAGCUGUAACUACCUGCAAAUAUUUACUAUUUGCAGACAACAAAGCUUGACGAAAGGAAUCUGGACAGUAAUAACCUUGAUUCAUUUGAACAUGAAUGCAAGCAGUCACACUAAUGGCUAUUGAGUCUAAGAAGUCCUGAAGUUGUUCAUGUCUACAGGAUAUUCCAGGAACUGUCCUGGAAAGGAGCAUAAGAGCUGUGAUAGGGUAUCUAGGAGAAAAGGGUGCUCCUUGGAUGCCCAGGCAGGGAAAUGUCUAGAAACAGGAGGCAGAAAUUGCCUCUUUAUAUGGCAGUCUCAGUGUUGCCAAUGCUAAGAAUUUAUUUCACCAAGUUCAAAGUGUUUUCCAAUUAUGUGGUUCACCCUAGUCAGGUAAACAGCCAAGUUUCCACUCUAAAAAUAUGCCCUCAUCUUUGCAGAGCAGCACUGGGGACUCAGAGGGGCUCAGUUCAUCAGUCAGGUUCACCAUUUGGUCACAGAACAAGAGAAGGAGAGGACAGAGAGUGUGACCACUUCCAGUGGCACCAUAAUAUCAUGUGAGUUUCAAGUGUGGGUCAGAAUAGAACCUAAAUACAUCCUGCAGGUUUAGAAACUAGAAAACAGAAUAAACACAAACACAGAUUCUUCCCAGAAACAUAAAUCAUAGUGGGACUCCUAUUAAUUUAUCGGAGGGCUAUUAAUUUUAAUGUGUUCAGAUGGUAAGACUUUGUCAUGAAGCCUUUACCAGAUCUCCAUCCAGGUCUUAGAUGCACAUGCCAAAAAUGACACCGUAAGAGCUUGGAAAGAGGACUGCAGGACUAUUAACAGGGUUAGCAAACCUGCCUCAUCAUGGGAAGCCAAUAAAGCACAAUCAAAGUAUUUGUUCAAGGGAAAGUUUAAAGGAGAGUUUUUGGUGGCCCACCUAUACCAGUCAGGAAGAAAGCUCCAGGGCAGAGAUAAGGCCAGGUUGGACAGGGACCUGAGUAGCCUGCUCUUGUGGAAGGUGCCUCUGCCUAUGAGAGUGAGGUUGGAAGCAGUGAUUUUACGGUCUUUUCCAACCCAAACCAUUCUAGGGUUCUAUGAUCUUCCAUCUGGCACAUGAAAGAGGGAAUAGCUGAGAACAGCAGAGGAAGAAAUCAGGCAAGCUUUUAGUUGUGAAGCAAUCCUCCAGUGACAUCUUUUACAGGAAUGUGGGGACUUUUUCUUACUAAAAGGUUUCUAAGAAACUGAGCUUUAUUCUAAGAGGUCGUUCUACCAUGACCCAGCCACAAGCAGCAGGCAAGACGCUGGUGACACCAAGGUAGCAUCUCUUUGUGGUGCAGUAGACUCCUGGUCCUGGGCAAACUCUGUCAAGCCUCGAGGACACAUGGGGCUUCUCAAAUACUGCUGUUGGUGUGUGGCUGUGUUCUUGCUGCACUGCAGAGGAGAGAAGAUUGAAAAGAAGACAGAGCUGACCAGAGCAGAGGAAAUGUCUAGGAAGAAUAAAACAAACAUGUGUGGGGUCAGGGAAAGAGAAGCAGGUUUCCCAGAACUUUCCCCUAUUUGUGGGGAUUUGUAGGAACAGCCUCACAGUCCAUGGUUCCCCGUCAGUGUGUUUGCCUCAGGGCUUGUCCUGGCCAGCUGCAGGUAAUUGUGCCUGUGUGUUUUGAGGGAACUCCUGGGACAAGCCACCACUGUGCCUACAUCUGUGUAUGCGUUGGCAUGGGCAGCAGGAACAGACAGGUCUGGUUCAGAGGAGCUUUAUGGGGUCCUGUGUGUGUUGGGAGUGUAAGUGUCUUUGGGACUGCCUGGUGUCAUGCUGAGUCCUCACUUUGCGGGAGUUUUAUCUGCCAGCCGAGAGAAGGUGGCACGCUGGCUGGUAAAAAGAGUCAGUGGCUGCUGUCUGGUCAGGAGCUGAUUGCAAAGAAACAGGGAUACUGGGGGGAUGUGCCAAGUGGCAAAUCUGAGUUCUCAGCGCUAAGCCAGUGUGACAACCGAUUAUGUGAGCAGAAGAAGAAAAAGGACCAAUGCCACCACUCAGACUAAUACUGUGGAGAGGCUCAAGCACACGGAUGGAUGGAGCUGCUUAACUGAUUUGUCUGGUUGGCAACAUAAAAACGCUUCUGCUUGCCUUCGGGCAAAAGGGGUUUUGGUAACAGAUGUCUCAGUUGUGCUUGGAAUCUGUGAGAGGCAGGAGACUUUCUAAAUAAAGAAUAUUAUAAUAUAUAUGUUAUUAUAACAAUAUAAUAUAACUAGUGACCAUUUAUAUAUAGCGGCUAAAGGUUAAAAAGGAUCCUGCUAUUUUCAAAGAAGUCUUCUGGUACUGUGACUUCCAACGUGUGCGGGACUGACUGCUGAGUGCAGUGAAUGUGGGUGGAGGAACAGGGUACCACCCUACCAAAGUGGGGGUGAGGCUCCACUUGCCUGAGCACGAACUAGGGCCAAAACCCCCCAGCUUGGGCGGUUGGCAGCUGUCAUACGUGCCAUGUGACCUGUACCAGCUCCCGGACUGACAUACAUCUCUGCGGGGCAUGGAUCAGGAUCUGGAGUGUCACUGCUGCCCUUGACUAACACAAGCAUUGAGAGUUGGAUGGUGAAAUGUUUCAACUGAAUGCAAGCUGUAUUGGUGCAAAAGAAUCUUUCACGUUUCUCCUUUCCAACACAGAGGUGUUUUCUCAGUGUAGAUCCUGCUCCAGCAGCAGCUCAAAUGGUCCCUUAGUGCACCUCUUUCUUCUCUGUAUAGUUUACUGACCCAUGGCAUGAUCCCACCACUAUUCUACAUGUGUAGACACCGAUACUCACCUAAGGCCUUGCCCUACACAUCAAUCACCUGCAGUUAAAUUAAUCUUGUGAACACGGUGAAAGUCCCAUUGUGGACGUGAGGAGUCUGGUAUCAAAUGAGUUUCUUCUGGCUUAACUGAAACAUGGCGGUGCUCCAGCAGUGCUGGGCUGGUUUGACAAAGCACCCAGGGAACCACCUGGGAGUUAGAACCUUUGGUUCUACUUGUUUUCCAGCUGCUCCUACAGCUCCACAAGAGGGAGAGAGCUUGGGCUCCUGUUCAGGCCCUUUCCUCUUUGGGUGCCUGCUUGUAACUGGGUUCGCUCUGUGCUGGCUCCCGAGGUCCUCUGCAGAACCCCGAAUGGUUGUUGUGCUCUUUGUUAGCCUGUUGCUGCACUCCAAGGGGCUGGGACUGCACUGACAGCGACAGCAGAGCCAACUAACCUUAAGACUUCCCUGUGAGCUUUGGCGCUGGUAUCUUUGCGAGGCCAGAGAAUAUCUAUUGUUGCCAGCCUGAGGUGAGCUGUGAUCUCGAGUACAGCCAAAAUCCCACAAAAUGACACCAUCACUCUCCUGUCCCUUCAUUCCUCUAGCAAAUUUUGUCUUCAAAGUCAUUGUAUACUCCCUGAAGGUCAACCCUCUCUGCUUGGGGGAUUGAAGCCCUCUUGGAUUCUGCAGAGCUUGAGGCAGACUUGGCCACCAACCCAUGCAGCAUGCCCUGCACCAUGCAGGCCAGUGCUCUUGGUCAUAAGGAGGAACAUCCCUUUCAUUUCUGGAGCUGCAAAUGUCUGGAAAGCAGGUUUAAAUCCCUCUGUGCUGGAAGGAGGAAGGGGGCUACCAAAGCAAAUGCAGAACUGGGUUCCUAGCAGGGACCGAGAUAAUAACUCCUCCUGCUCUUAGCUCCUAAACCAGAGAGGCCUGCAGGUGUGAGACCUCUGCUUUGGUGAGGGGACUGCUGGGCUGGUAUCAGCGUGGGGCUUGUCAGUUGCUGCUCUGCCUCUGGCCUUGCUCAUAUUGCCCCUGCCCGGAGCACAAGAAGGUCUGACACGGGGUCACUGGAGGAGGCAGGGGCUAAUAUUUACUCAGCACGUGGGUAAAUGAGGCCAAGCUGCACGGCGUGGGCUCUGGGACUAUUGCCUGCAGAGGCAGGGGGUGGGGGGAUGAGCUCUGCAGGACAUGGAGGUUUAGUGGACGAGUCCAGGCUCAACGGUGCGUGUGAAAAACCGGUGUCAGCGACACUACCGUGCUCUGGGACCUGGGCUGCUUCUUCUCCAGACAGGAAUUGGAGUUGCAAACACAGAUAAUUUUAUAUAUCUCCUUUUAACACGAUAGCAUGUGAUUCUACACUAGACAUUGUAUCUGGCGCACCGAUGUUUUCCUUCGCCUCUGGCACACUCUGGAGACAGGACUUCUGCUCCUUGGUACUGCCUGCCUGGAAAUGUGACUGGGUCCCAAGGCUAAAUCUCUCUACAUAUCUUCAUUGCAUUCUUUAGGAAAGCAGCUGGAGAAUGUUUACACUCUGCAAACAGAAUGUAGGACUCCGACUGAGGAACCACAAUCCGGUUCAACUGCAUGGCAAAUUUCUUGGCCAUAAAAUCUGGCAUGCAUCACAGAGGCCCUGUCUGUGUACAGAUCCACCUGGCAUUUGUCAUAAUUUCAGAUCACAUCUUAAAGAAAAAUAAAUGAUGAUGCCAUUUCUUGUUCAUACCAGACACAGUUGUCAUUAGAUUUGUUAUUAAAAGGGGAUUCUCGAUCAUGCCAUUAAAAGCCUGUCUACCUUUUCA